GGCCUCCUCCGCGGCCCGCAGGGUGGGGGGCGCCCGCGGCCCAGCGGGAUAAAAGGGCCCCAGGCGCCCCAGGAGGCCCGUUAGCGCUGCUUCGCCGCAGCGCCCGCCCAGUCCAGUCCCGGACCAUCUGCGCUCCAGCUGGUGCCUUGGCCUCAGCUGUCCGUGAAGUCACCAUGAUGCAGUCCCCACCAACUACCCUCUCCCUGCUCCUGCUGUGCCAGCUCCUGGGCCAGGCCCCUCUCAGCAGGUCGCAGUCGCCGGGUACCACGAAGCUGCGGCUGGUGGGCCCAGGAAGCAGGCCGGAGGAGGGCCGCCUGGAGGUGCAGUACCAGGGCCAGUGGGGCACUGUGUGUGAUGACGACUUCGCUCUCCAGGAGGCCACAGUAGCCUGCCGCCAGCUGGGCUUUGAGGGUGCCCUGACCUGGGCCCACAGUGCCAAGUAUGGCCCCGGGGAGGGACCCAUCUGGCUGGACAAUGUGCGCUGUGUGGGCACAGAAAGCUCCCUGGGCCAGUGCGGGUCUAAUGGCUGGGGUGUCAGUGACUGCAGCCACUCAGAGGACGUCGGGGUGGUGUGCCAACCCCAGCGCCAGCGCGGCUACCUUUCUGAGAGAGUCUCCAAUGCCCUAGGGCCCCAGGGCCGGCGGCUGGAGGAGGUGCGGCUCAAGCCCAUCCUUGCCAGUGCCAAGCGGCAGAGCCCGGUGACCGAGGGAGCCGUGGAGGUGAAGUACGAGGGCCACUGGCGGCAGGUGUGUGACCAGGGCUGGACCAGGAACAACAGCAAGGUGGUGUGCGGGAUGCUGGGCUUCCCCAGUGAGGUGCCUGUCAACAGUCACUACUACAGGAAAGUCUGGGAUUCGAAGAUGAGGGAUCCCAGGUUUAGGCUGAAGAGCUUGGCCCAGAAGAAUUCCUUCUGGAUCCACCGGGUCAACUGCCUGGGGACGGAGCCCCACAUAGCCAGCUGCCAGGUGCAGGUGGCGCCAGCUCGGGGCAAGCCGCGGCCGGCCUGCCUGGGUGGCAUGCACGCUGUGGUCAGCUGUGUGGCAGGGCCCCGCUUCCGCCCUCUGAAGGCCAAGCCUGGACGCAAGGAGUCCCGGGCAGAGGAGCCAAGGGUGCGCCUCCGCUCCGGGGCCCAGGUGGGCGAGGGCCGGGUGGAAGUGCUCAAGAACCGCCAGUGGGGUACAGUCUGUGACCACGGGUGGAACCUCAUCUCCGCCAGCGUCCUGUGCCGCCAGCUUGGCUUCGGCUCUGCUCGGGAGGUCCUCUUUGGGGCCCAGAUGGGCCAAGGGCUGGGGCUCAUCCACAUGAGUGAGGUGCGCUGCAAGGGGUCUGAGCGGGCCCUCAGUGAAUGCCCCGCCCUGGACGGGUCCCCUAAUGGUUGUCAACAUGAGAAUGAUGCUGCUGUCAGGUGCAAUGUCCCAAACAUGGGCUUCCAGAACCAGGUGCGCUUGGCUGGCGGGCGCAACCCCGAGGAGGGUGUGGUGGAGGUGCAGGUGGAGGUGAAUGGGGUCCGACGCUGGGGGACCGUGUGCAGUGACCACUGGGGGCUCACCGAAGCCAUGGUGACCUGCCGACAGCUCGGCCUGGGUUUUGCCAGCCAUGCUAUCAAGGACACCUGGUACUGGCAGGGGACAGCGGGGGCCGAAGAAGUGGUGAUGAGCGGGGUGCGCUGCUCAGGCACAGAGCUGGCCCUGCAGCAGUGUCAAAGGCACGGACCAGUGCACUGCCCCCACAGCACGGGGCGCGGCUCAGCGGGAGUCUCCUGCACAGACAGUGCUCCAGACCUUGUGAUGAACGCCCAGCUAGUGCAGGAGACGGCCUACUUGGAGGACCGCCCACUCAGCCAGCUCUACUGCGCCCAUGAAGAGAACUGCCUCUCCAAGUCUGCUGACCACAUGGACUGGCCCUACGGACACCGGCGCCUGUUGCGCUUCUCCUCACAGAUCUUCAACCUGGGCCGGGCUGACUUCCGUCCCAAGACAGGCCGCCACAGCUGGAUUUGGCACCAGUGCCACAUGCAUUACCACAGCAUUGAGGUCUUCACCCACUAUGACCUACUCACUCUCAAUGGCUCCAAGGUGGCUGAGGGGCACAAGGCCAGCUUCUGUCUGGAGGACACAAAUUGCCCUGCAGGACUGCAGCGGCGCUACGCAUGUGCCAACUUUGGAGAACAGGGAGUGACCGUUGGCUGCUGGGACACCUACCGGCAUGACAUUGACUGCCAGUGGGUGGAUAUCACAGACGUGGGGCCCGGGGACUACAUUUUUCAGGUGGUUGUGAACCCCAAGUACGAGGUGGCAGAGUCUGAUUUCUCCAACAACAUGAUGCAAUGCCGUUGCAAAUAUAAUGGGCACCAGGUCUGGCUGCACAACUGCCACACAGGAGAUUCAUACCGAGCCAAUGCAGAGCUCUCCCUGGAGCAGGAGCAGCGUCUGAGGAACAACCUCAUCUGAAGCCAUCACUGCACAUUGCCAGCUGCUGCCCACACACCAGAUACCUCAGCUUAUUGGAGCCGUGCCCUUCACAGAACCCUGACUCAGAGGGAAAUGGGCCAGUGCCAAGGGGCGCCAAGAAUUGCUCAGGAAGCCUUUUGAUGGCAAGAUCACCAAACCAGGAUGGUACUGCUCCCUUGGGAUGGCUCUAGGCCUGUCCCCUAAGGGCCUUUGGUCUAUGGACUAUGACUCUCCAGGCUUUGUGCAGCUAAGCUCUUCUUGCAUAAGGAGACCCAAUCUUUCUUGGAUUUUGGCCCUGAGUUCCUGGGUCAGGAGCAAUCAGUUCCUUGGGGAUGGACUAUGGUCCAGCCCCCCACCUUAAAUAGUGCUUUGCACAUGUCUUGGAGGAGAAGAAACAGGGGCAAUACACAGGAGGUGGGGUUAGCUCUCUGCAAGCAGAUCAAAGCAACACAAUUUGUGUCAAUGUCACAACUGGCAGAGAAGUUUAUGAAUUCAUUGCCUUGCUUGAUCUGUCCUCAUUUAGAACUCACCUGCCUGCUCUGUUCCUUAGGGCCCUUACCUUUAUCCUACUGUACAUAUGGGUGUUUCUAAUAUCCCUGGAAGCGUAGGCCUCAGGCAUCCCCUUAUCUCCUGAUGGGCCACCACCACCAGUUGCUGAGUGCUUGAGAAGGGGCAAGAUUUGCAGAAGUGACCAGACAGGGCCUUCCUGCAGAGCAAUAAAAGAAAAAAAGCAGAAAGUCUGCCAAGGAAAAACUAUGUGCCAUAUACCUGGGCAGGCAACAAAAUGUCCCCCUCAAGAUCACUGUGCAUCUCAGGAAUGGCCUAAAUUUCAGGUCUCAACCAAGUUUCUGAAGUGAACUUUGCAUUGGAUAUGUUUUUGCAAUGGAAAGAGCAUCAGUCAAAUAAGCCACUCAUCUCUGUAGGAAUAAGAAGACAGGUCUGGUAGAGUGGGGGAGAGGAGACUAUGAGGGAACAUUUUAGUUAACCCUAUACCUAGAUUAAGACUAAAUCUAGGAAAGGCCACCAUCCCUUCUUGAUGUAGCUACAAUAUGCUCUUGCUCAGGUAGUAUAAAAUCCCAGGGUCUUCUUGGACAUGAUUCUUAAUCUUUCCUCCACUUAGAUACACUUAAAAGAUGAUCCUUACAGGUCUGACAGCCCAGUGCCAAUAAAGGUUUUUCACUAUUGACUGUUACAAAGACAA